AUGGCUUCUUUCUCUAGCGACCUCUCCAAGAAGCAUGUCCUAGUGACAGGCGGCUCGAAGGGCAUCGGCAGAUCUAUCGUAGAAGCUUUCCUAGCAGAGGGAGCAAAUGUCUCGUUUUGCGCUCGUACAAUUCGUGGGGAUGAAUUUUCAUCUUUUGCGGGUGCCAGUCAUGGAGCACAGGCCGUUGGCUCAGUUGUUGACAUUGGAAACCCGGAAAAGAUUAAAGCCUGGAUAAGUCAAACAGCCGGGAGAUUUGGUCGAAUUGAUUCCAUUAUUGCCAAUGCAUCUCCUAUCAUUGUGGAAGCAACAAGCGAAAACUGGGAGAAGAGUUUUCGCGCAGAUAUCUUAGGCUUGAUUACUUUGAUUGAAGCCUCUAUACCUUUCCUCGAAGAGCGAUCAAAAGCUUCUGAGAAUGCGUCUAUCGUCGUAAUCAGCUCCAUGGCGGGGUUUGAGGCGAGGCACCCGGUAGCUGUUUCUCCCUAUUCUACGUUAAAGAGAGCUCAGGCUGUCUUGGCUAAAGAUUAUGCCCGAAAGCUUGGUGCUCUUGGCAUUCGAAUUAACUCCAUUGCACCAGGUUCUAUUGAGAACCCCAAUAUCACAUUACCUGACGGUACGAUACAGUGGAGUUCUUAUCAAAUUGUUAAGAGGGACAACUAUCCAUUCUACAAAGCUUUGCUGGAUGCUGUUCCACUUGGAAGAACGGGUAGGCCAGAGGAGAUUGCCAACACCGUCAUCUUUCUUGCCAGCAGGCUCUCUAGCUAUGUCAAUGGGGCUAAUAUUGUAGUGGAUGGUGGUAUGUCUAUCACAUUUUAG